AUGACGACAAGCUCUUCACAGCGAAAAAAAGAGCUGCGCGACCAAGUCAAGGAGGCGACGGCACUCGUAGCUGAAAGGGAUGCGACGCUGGCGAACCAGGAGCGGGAGCUGGAGGAGCUGCGGAAAAAGCUCGCCUGCACUGUUUCCCCGUCACCGUCGAUCUCUACCCCACCGGGAAGGGGCACCCCUUCUCAGCGUGUGUCCGUGCAACGUCCCUCUCGGGGAGAUCGCUCCCAACAGGAGCCGAUUCCCGAGGAGGCCGAGGCAGCCACCGGCGAGGAGAAAGGCGCUACCCCCGAGGGGACAGAGGACGGCAGUGACGAGAACGACAAUGACGGCGACCAAGCGGAGUGUGGCGACGAGAGCGACCGGCACGUCAUGCACCAGUUGAUCGAGGGCUUCCGGUCGCAGAACGUGCCCGCGGACGAUCGGCACGCGCUGAUGACCUCCGCUGGGGGCCAGUUUGCUGAAAUGCUCUCACACCACUGGACCGAGCACUCCAAUCCAUCCGAGUGGCUGGUGUCCCUCUUCCGACCUACCGCAACUCCCUCCACCACGACUCCGGCCUCUGCAGCAGAGGUGGCCCAGGACGCAAGGCUUCGCGCGAAAAAACACGAGGCCAAUAAUCUGAGAGGCGCAGCGUCACCCACAUCCGACACCGUAUCUGCUGUCGCGUAUCCUGAACCCCCACAGCUGAAGCAGACCGUGUCUCCGAGCACGGCGGUUAUCAAAGACCUGCAAGCUGAGGUCACCCGGCUCAAGUCGAUGAGGCCGUCGAGCAAGAACAACCUAGCGAGUCAGGGCGCCCCUAAAAAAGCGCGUACCACGGGGAAAGGCACUUCUUCCUCAACAACGAAAGAAGAACCGUGCCCCUACCCGGGGUGCAAGUUCAACCACCCCCUCGAACAGUGCAGUUUGAAGAAGAAACACGCUCAGGACAAGGGAUGGACUUGGACUAAAGCAUGACGGGGCCCUUCACGGGACUCUUCGCUCGUAGGGAGACAGGUUGAUAGCACACAAUUAGCUGAGGAAACUCAUGUAGCACAGGAUGCCCGAGUCGACUCAGCCCCGCAUGUGCAUGACUGUAGCAAAUCGAGGGAAUCAUUUUUUCCUCGGGUAACAGGAGGUGAUGUGAAGUCGGUUCAAGAUUUUAGCAGUAAUUUUGAGACAUCGGUAGCAGCUGCCCGGCACCGUUUCAUAGUCAAUCAAGUAGCAACGCAAGGGAAAAUAGGAAGAACAAACGCACUCGUGCGCCGACUUCUAGGUUAGCCCCGCAAGCUGAAUUGGUACUGACUGGUAGUAUGCCAUUUUAUCAUAACACGGAAAAACGUGCCUCUGUUUCAAGUGCAUCGAGUGGUGGACCCACUUAUGCGGCGUUUCAUGCGUCAGCACUGAGUAAAUAUCGACAACACCUGAAUGCGUUAAAUUCGUCCUGCAAGAGAAUGCGAAUUCCUGCGCGAGUUUGUCAUCACGCUGUGUCUGACCUCACUAUCGACUUAGCAGCUGAUGUACCGUGUAUACCAGCGUCUUUUAUUAAAUCGCAUCCAGUCCUGAAACGUUUACCUCUGAAACCUGUGCCUCCUGGCGCAAUUCAGUUGAAUAGCGCAGACGGAUCAGCAUUAGAAAUCCUAGGAUACAUCCGUUUUAGGCUCACACUGGGAGAUAUCAUACCACCAGUGGAGGCCCUCGUGUUGUCCAACCCAGGUCCGCAUAAGAUGUUGCUCGAUACUAGCAUUAUGAAUGCCUUUGGUGCCGUCCUUGAUUGGUGCGGUGAGCAGCUUUCACUUAAAGAUUCAACAAGAAAAUUUCCGGCAACUCACAGACGUACGAAUAGUCAAGCGGACACUAGUAAUGAUGCCCCCACGCAAAUUUCCAUAGUGACGCUUGACCCAUCGAUAGGAGCGGUGCCCGUAUGUCUCUCUAGGAGGUUCUGCAUCCUCCCCGAAAGUGAAAUGGCAGUAGACGUCGUGACAGAACAUGCACCACAGGCAAGCACGCCUGCGUUGAUAGAACCACGGAUUGUCACUACCGAAGACAUCGAAAUGUCUGAAAAUAUGCCCGAAGCGUUCCGUACAAUCGUAGUCGCUAGAACGGUAUGCAAUUGGUCAGCAAAGGACAAGUCUGCUGCAGUACAAGUUGCUAAUCCAUCCAAACGACACGUUCACAUUGCACGCGACACUUUUUUAGGGUACAUUUCGCCAGUAAAAUCAGUUGCCGAUAAUACAGUCAGCGCUGUCAAUAGCGACCAAGCCAUAUUCAGACACAAGCGGGACGAGUUGCAACGAGCCAUGAAAAAAGUGUUCACGAACACUACAUUUACUCCUCAACAAUGCUCGCAAGUCUUGGAUUUAUGCGCGAAAUACCGUGAUGUGUUUUCAUUAUCUCCGAAGGAGCUCGGAAAAUGCAGGAUAGCCAAGGCAGAUUUUCCGCUAGAACCAGGCACUAAACCAGUCGAUCGUGCUCCCUAUCUUACUAAUCCUAGAGCACAAGAAGUUAUCGACACGUGUGUGGAACAAAUGGAAGACGAGGAGAUUAUUGAACAGAGACCCAGUUCGUGGGGAUCUGCUGUUACCAUCGUAGCAAAAGCUGAUGGCACUCCUCGAUUCUGCGUUGACUACCGCUCUACAUUUAACCAAUGUUUAAUUCGAAAAUCUUGGCUCAUGUCAGAUAAAGAAUCCCAUAAUGAUACCGUUGGAGGUGCAAUAUUUAUUACUGUCUGCGAUAUCCAGUCAGCCUACGACCAAAUUGAAGUAGACGGAGCAGAACAAGAAAAGACCGCUUUUGUGUCACACAAAGGGAAAUGGGUUUCCAAACGCCUUCCCUUCGGAAUUGCGAAUGCUCCUUUUCUAUUUGCCCGUAUCAUGUCUCUGGCAUUCUCUCACUUCGGACCACGCAGUGGACUUUUGGUGUAUAUGGACGACAUUAGUUGCUGCAGCUCAAAUUGGGAGAGCCAUCUAACCUUGUUAGAAAGCAUGCUCCAAGCACUCCAAGCGGCUGGUCUUACCUUGAAACCCUCCAAAGUACAAUUUGGACCACAGGAAGUAAAACACCUGGGGCACAUACUGUCUGCACAAGGGAUUCGCAUUGGGGAAGAUCGUAUAAAAUCUAUUAUCGACUUGCCUGUACCCAAAACAAUCAAAGCACUUCGCUCAGUGUUGAGAAUGGUUUAUCUAUGUGAGGAAAUUUAUACCCGACCUUUCUACGGUGAUCGCACCGCUGGUCGAACUCACACAAAAGAGCAUGUAAAAUCGAUCGCGAAACGUUGGAACGAGGAACAUGACAAGGCUUUUGCAGAUAUCAAACGUUUACUCAGCAAAGCACCUGUGUUAUAUUCCCUGACUUUACUAAAGACUUCGUGGUUCACGUAGAUGCUAGUGAAGUUGGCGCAGGAGCAUCCCUGGGCCAAAAGAACGGCGACGAUGUGAAUAUUAUCGCUUAUUUUUGCCAACGAUUUCANUAUCGACUUGCCUGUACCCAAAACAAUCAAAGCACUUCGCUCAGUGUUGAGAAUGGUUUAUCUAUGUGAGGAAAUUUAUACCCGACCUUUCUACGGUGAUCGCACCGCUGGUCGAACUCACACAAAAGAGCAUGUAAAAUCGAUCGCGAAACGUUGGAACGAGGAACAUGACAAGGCUUUUGCAGAUAUCAAACGUUUACUCAGCAAAGCACCUGUGUUAUAUUCCCUGACUUUACUAAAGACUUCGUGGUUCACGUAGAUGCUAGUGAAGUUGGCGCAGGAGCAUCCCUGGGCCAAAAGAACGGCGACGAUGUGAAUAUUAUCGCUUAUUUUUGCCAACGAUUUCACAAAGCUCAACGUCACUACUCUGCGACGAUGAAGGAAUGUUACGGUGUGGUAUUAACCUUACAACACUGGCGACCCCACUUGUGGGGCAGACACUACGAAGUUGUCACGGAUCACGCGGCAUUGAAAUAUUUGUACACUAUGCAAGACACGUCUAAUAUGCUGACCAGAUGGGCAUGCUUUGCAGUCCUUUGACUUCACCGUGCGACACAAGCCGGGAAAGUUACAUGUAGUCCCAGACACCCUAUCUCGGUUGUUUGCGUUUGAUCACCAACAACAGUUGGAAGCACCGCCAACUUGCACCGAUGUGCAGGAAUGUGCCUCAUGACCCUGCGCUGCAUACAAAUGUUCCACCACGUCCGUAUCAAGUAUCUGCAGAUCGUUUGGAUAACUUGCAACCAGUUCAAGGUGAUCGCGAAUUAUUCGCUGAGAAAUCAGUGUAUAUUGGCGCGACCAAUGUGUUUGAGACAAUUAACCGCGAUGUCUUGCGUGAGAAACAAGCUCUUGAAUAUGGCACCUAUGUCGACUACCUUUCAAAAACUGACGCCCAAUUACCUGAUGACGAGACAAUCACUGCCAUGUCAUACUACCUCGUGCGUGAUGGAUUACUGUUUAAAUCGUAUUUACCAGGCUACCUCCGGAAACGUAGUACGUUUGGUGACCAAUUAGUGUUGCCUCAGGCUCUUACCAGACUAGUACUGCACGCCUAUCACGACCACGUAUCAUCUGGAGGCCACUUGGCGUCUAGACCGACCUAUGAGGAGAUCCGCCAGAAAUACUGGUAGCCAACCAUGAAUCGGGACGUCCGUACUUGGUGUGAAGAAUGCCAAGCCUGUCAACGUCGAAAAACAGUCCAUAAUCGAAACAAAUUACCAACGGGACAUGUACCAGUACAAAGACCGACGAACGUUUUUCGGUUGACCUAGUUGAACAUAAAGUAGAAUCAGUUUCAGCCGCCGGGGUACGGUGCAAAUAUGUCCU